AGCUUGAUAAAAUCGUUCAUUCGCAGUAAUUUCCCAUGACAAAUAACGACGUUAAUUCGACAGAAAACCGAUGUUGAGAAAGAGUCCCCAAAACGUCUUUUUUUCUCAAUGACCAUAUACGGAAAAUAACGACGUAUUCGUGUUUGCACAGCCAAGCUAUUUCAUAGGCUACACAUGUUACACAUCAACUCCAGCAUAUAAAACCAUUCCGUCACUUGCAGCAGCACCACACUGGGUAGAACACUUGACAAUGGAGAAGGUUCCGAUAAUACUGCUGCUUCUCCUGCUGAUUUGUCACUCGUGCUUCAGCCAGGAUCCGUGUGAAAACUUCACAGAACUUGUAAACAUCGAGGUUCGACAGCCCAACGACAUCGGAUGGCUCGAUACCGAUGACACACAACUGCAACCGGGGUGGUAUGCGGCCCCAGUGAAAUGGAAGCUGCUCAGCCGGGACACUGGAAAAGGCUUUACUUGUAACACCAUCAACCCGAUUUACAGAAAGUCUAAAAGUGGAGAUACCUCUGUUGUGUGUGUUAGGUCGAAUCGUGACAAAUGUUUCAAGUCAUUUUCCAUCGAGACGAGGAUGUGUGGCGAUAGAGAAAUAUAUAAUCUCACCACGAGCGUUAGUCAAUCAGGAUUUUGCUUUGAUAUCACAGACUGUGAGAGAUAUAAACCUUGUGCAAAUGGGGGCACGUGCACGGAGAUAUGGAAUGGCUACAGCUGCGCCUGUCCACCUCAGUUUUCGGGUGCGAACUGUACAGUCUCCAUUGACCAGAAGCUAGACAUCCUGAUUGUAGAAGAUGUUUCACGCUCCAUCGGCAAACCCAACUUUGACGAAAUGAAACGAUUCCAAGAGAGUAUGGUAAACUCUACCAACAUAGGCCCUGAUGCUGUUAACGUUGCAUUGAUAGCGUUUUCUUCAAAGGCGAGAGUGGUAUUCAGAUUCAAUGAGCAUAGCAACAACAAGUCGGGCGUUCUGGCAGCUCUCAAACAGCAGACAUACGAAGAGGGUCCUUCUACGAACAUCGGCGAUGCCAUCAAGCUGGCAACUAGUACAAUUUCCAAUGGCGACCGCAAUGACGCUGACAACAAGGUCAUCAUGUUAACCGAUGGGUACACCACAAUUGAGGACCGGGAGGCCAUUGCUGCCAGUAUUGGUUCUCUGAAAGCCAAAGCUGAGGUAUUUGUUGUUGCUAUCUCGGAAGUAGAUGCCAAUUCCACAAUCAACCUAAUUGCUUCGAGACCUUCCAACAUCUUCAAGAUUGGCUCCCCUGAUGCAGUCAGUGCUAUCCUACAGAAGAUGAAGGGUGGUCCCGACCUGACUUAACAGGUUGGAUGAAAUAG